AACAAAUUGUUUCUUAUGUAGUAUAUUAUUAUACUACCUAUUUAGUAUUCAUAUAUUUUACUCAUUACUAAUAACUAUAAGAAAUAACUAAUAAAUAUAAAAAAGAAGCUACUUAAUAUUAUAUUAUUUGGUAUUUCCGAUUUCGGUGUUAUUAGUACUUAUUAGUUAUUAGUUAAACCAUUAUUUAAGAACCUUUGAGCUUCAACAUCAUAUUUUAUUUGUUAAUUUCAUAAUCAAGUAAUCUAAUUAUAUAAUAUUAUUUUAAUGGUUUAAUUUCUUAUUUGUCUUACUGAUUAUACUUAUUAAAUAUAACUGAAAUUAUGACAAAACAUCAGGUCAGAUGUCUUCUGCAGCGAUUGGUAUAGGUGCUAUUAUUUUAAUUGGACUUUGGUUUUCAUCUUUUAUAUUGUGUCUUCUGUCUCUUCGAACACGACAUAGUAUUGGACCAAUUGUUUUGGUAUCUACAAUCCUUAUAACAAUUAUAUUACUUUCAAUACCUCGUAGUACAGUAGAAACACCUAAACCAGAUAUAAAGAUUGUAGAUCCGCUGUAUGUUUGGCGUUUAGCAACUCUGAGCAUACUUUCUAUAAGUGCAGCAAUAGGAUUGGCUGCAUUGUUCUCUUCGCAUGUUAUGAGUCGUAAAACUGUGCCACAACUUAAAUCUUGGGUACUAUAAACUAUAAACAAUGUCUUUCAACCGAUUUCGUUGCCUGGAAAAAGUUCAUCAAACAACUAAACGAUCAAUGUCAGUGGGUCGUGUCUAUCGUAAAUCAUUUACAGUAUGUGGCAGUGAAGACUUUAUACAGAAUGUAUUAAAAAGUGAUAUUCCUGUGAUUGUCAACUUCCAUGCAGAGUGGUGUGAGCCUUGUUUAACAUUAACACCAAUGUUAAAAAAGAUGGUUGGGGACUCACCGUCUGUACAUUUAGCAAUAGUAGAUGUUGAAAAGAAUGCUGAUUUGGUUCACACUUUUGAGGUAAAAGCAGUUCCAGCUGUUUUAGCCAUUCGUGAUGGUCAUGUCAUUGACAAAUUUAUUGGACUCAUUGACAAUGACAUGAUCAAUGAAAUGGUGAAAAAAAUAUCUAAGCCGGAAGAAGUAUAGACACAAUGAUAAUCAUAUAUAUAUAUAUAUAUAAUUGUAUAAAAGCAUUAUAUAGUGACACAUAAUAUAUUAUAUCUUUUAUUGUAGUACCUAUAUAUUGUAAUAGCUUGCUUUUAAACCAGUUUUUUAGACAUUCAUUUCUUAAAUAUUAAUUAAUUCUUAACAUGAUUAAAAAUUUGAAUAUUAUUUUGUUUAAAAUUCAAAGUAAAUUCAACAUUUAUUGUUUUUCUAGUCACUAUUAUGUUAUUUGUUUUAUAUUUCUAUUGAAAUGUUUAAUAAUAAUUUGUGUGUUUAUGUAAAUAUCAAAAAACAUGUAUUAGUAAUUUUAAUUUUUUUUUUUAAAUAUAGUAAUUUAAACAUUGCA